GAGAGGAUUCUUACUCAGGACUUUCUCAGUUCAGGAAGCCAAGUCCGGUACAGCCCAUCAGGUGUGGCAGUUCCACAUCCCAGAGUGGAGCUCAGACUACCAGUGGCGUGGGGAUGUGAAUGCCAUGGUCUCUGUCAUAGAGGAAGUCUCCAAGGUCCAGAGGAAGACUGGGAACCACCCCAUUGUCAUCCAUGGACUUGACACAGUGAGUAGAUCGGCCAUAUUCUGUGGUGUGGCCACCACCAUUGAGAGGUGUAAGACAGAGGGAGUGGUGGAUGUGUUCCAGGUGGUCAAGGCCAUGAGAGUUCAGAAACCUGGAGCCAUACAAACUUUGGAACAGUAUAAGUCGAUAUUUGAAGCUCUUUUGGCGUAUAUUGACUCAUUUGAAACAUACUCAAAUUUUGCUUCUUAG